UGCUAUUUUUCCUACAUGUAUAUUUCUUUGUCUAACAGCCAUUAUAUUCAAGAGAAUUACAUAUUGACAAAAACCGAAUGGAGCAGGGCCAAGUUGCCACUAAGACCCAUAGUAGAAUAUAUGAACAAUCUUAAGUUCGUUUAGAUGUCUGACAUGUCUAGGAGUAUGGACACUUUGCAGGUCUUGCUGAUAGGAGGAUCAACAGGUACCAUGCUAGAAGCUUUACAAGUUGUCGGUGAUGGUCAUGACAACUCAUUGAGUGAAAGGUUUGAGGGGAACAAUGGCUAUGUAGUUCCUUCAUAUGAAGGAGAAGAAUCAUCAUCUGGGAACAGAUUCAAGAUGAGACUUAAAGAAUUUCACAAAAGCACCACGUCAUUUACAGCACUAGAUAGGAACUACCUCACUCCGUUCUUUACAACUCAAAGUGGAGAGGACGAUGAGAAUGAUGAGCUUUUUCACGACCCCAGAAGAGGGAAUUUUUGAAGCCAUGACUGAACUCCCAACUAAUCAUUGAUUGAAUUGUCUUAUGUACCACCAAUUUGCCAUAAUAUGUGAACAUCUUCGUCUUUAGGAGCAUACCUCUAUACGAUCGCUGGCUCUAUGAUUCAGUAUGGAAACAGGAAGUCAAAAUAGGUUGAUCUAUUUCAAUCAGAACAACCUAGUUUCUGCACAUGGUGUGUGAAGUGCUCUGUACUGGCAAAUGAGAUUUAUCGAGUGGCUGUACAUGUUCAAUAUGUUAUGUCAUUCCUGAUUUUGCUUCACUUUGAGCCAAAUUAACUAUUCUCAUUCGUUUCGUCCUUUGCUUUUAACUUU